AGUAGGCAAGGAGGUGUGUUUUGUCAUGGCGCGGAUCAAUAUGUGAUAGUGUUUGUGUUAAUUUUGUAAAUACUUUUUUCGUUGUUGUUGAUGGUUGUUGGACGUGUUUUCUAACUUCUAAAUUAACGAGAAGCAAUGAAAUGGCUCAGUCAUUUCAUUUGCUUUUUUCUGAUAACUGCUGGUGUUCAUGGUUUAGGUAACCCAUAUCAAAUUUUAGGAAUACAUAGGAGAGCAACACUACAAGAAAUAAGGAAGGCAUACAAGCAGUUAGCGAAAGAAUGGCAUCCUGAUAAAAAUAGUGAUCCCGCCGCCGAAAAUAAAUUCGUGGAAAUAAACCAGGCAUAUGAGCUUUUAACUGAUCCUGAACGAAGAAAGAAGUAUGACAAUUUUGGGAUAACGGAAGAAACUCCACCUCUACGUCCAAAACGUGAUUAUAGUCAGUAUCGAAGAGAUCCAUUUGAUGAUCUCUUUGGCACUCAUGGAGGUAGUUUUAAAUUUCAAUUUCAGGAUCGUGACAUCACUACGUUUCAUCAGCUUAGUGUCACAACUCGGGCUUUUGAGAACAAAAUUGUACCAAAGAGUUUCAGAAUUCCAUAUCUUGUAAUGUUCUACUCGGAUUGGUGCUUUGCUUGUCUGCAAGUGGAGCCAGUAUGGAGAAGAUUAAUAGAAGAAUUGGAGCCAUUAGGAUUUGGCAUUGUUACAGUUCAUUCAGAAAAUGAGCCAAUGCUGACAAAAAAAAUUGGCAUUCAUACACUGCCUACCCUUGUUGUACUGUUGGAUGGGAAAGCUAGUAUUUAUAGAGACUCACUUUUUAGUGUUCAAAAAAUUGUUGAAUUUGUGAGAAGUAGAUUUCCAUAUCGAUUAGUUCAGCCAGUUGAAGAUGAAACAGUCUCCUUAUUUCUGAGUGGUUGGAAAGACAACAGAGUUAGAGCACUUAUAUUUGAGCGCCACGAUUCAGUGAGGUUACGGUACCUAUUAAUGGCAUUUUUCUACAGGGAACGUGUUGCAUUUGGGUUUGUGCAACUGAAUUCUCCUGCCACUGGAUCUGUUCAAAAGAAGUACAAAGUUCCUAGUGAUAUUGAUACUCUAUUGCUUUUCAAUGAAAAUAUUGAUCGUCCGGUUGCAAGUCUGAGCAUGUCAGACAUGCCAAUAAAAACAAUGCAGGAUAUUAUUAAUAGUAACAAAUAUCUAAUGCUUCCCAGAUUGUCUUCACAGGGGAUGUUUGAUGCAUUAUGUCCUCCUGAGUGGUCACGACCAAGAAAGAGACUGUGUGUAGUGCUAGUAUCUCAAGAUACACCAUACCAUGAUGAUGCAAGACAAGCACUAAGGGAUUUUGCCCAGGAAUCGUCAUACAAUGUGGAAAGAGUUCGUUUUGUGUAUAUUUUCCAGGAGAAACAAAUGGAGUUUAUAAAUGCACUAACAAGCGGUGAAGGCGGUCCACUGGAGCCUUCCUUACAUAUUGUUAUCAUAUGGCGGAGAGAUGCAAAUCAUAUUAAAUAUGAAUGGUUACCACAUACUUGGGAUUCUGCCAAGAUUAAGGAAUGGAAUGAAACAAGGGAUCAGCUGGAAUCCACUAUACAGCGAUUACUUCAUUCAACAGAAGCAUUAACAUAUGAGGCUGUUAUCAAGGAGUUAAUGGAUGAGCAUGCACAAGGGAUCAUGAUGCGCAUACUGGCCAAGGUUUUUUCUGCCGUGGACUACCUCAAAGACAAUAUAACCAAGGAACAGUUACUGCCACUUCUGUCUGUUUUAGGAACAGUUGUCUUCAUUGUGAUUGGAGGGUACAUAAUGACAUAUCUUGUCCGACUUGAGGAAGAAAGCAUCCGAAAAAAACAGUGUACAAAUGGUGCAGCUCCAAAACCAGAGACUGGAAAUUAUGAAACUACAACACUGAAGAAGACUGGAAAGCCAACAACACCGGAGUUACGAUUACACGAACUUCGAGCUGAAACAUACAAUGGGAUGGUUCGCCUUUUGAAACCUGGUUGUCGUACAAUUGUACUUCUAGUUGAUACACAGUCCCGCAACCAACUUAUAGCUGCAUUUCACAAAACAGUCUGGCCGUAUCGCAAAAAUAAGACAUUAAUGUUUGGCUACUUGAUGCUGGAUCGUGCUUUAGAGUGGUACAAGUGUUUACUAACACUGAGCUUACCGGAACCAAGAGAUCUUAACAUAAAUCCGAGGAAUUGCAUUGGUACCGUCCUGUCGCUAAAUGGCCAUCGGAAAUACUUUUGCAUGUACCAUGCUAAGCACCCUGAAUGCGGUAGAGGAAAAGGUUCCAAGCGUAUGGUAAAAAUGACAAAACGCAUCAGCAAUACACCUAAUGCAACAAAUGGAGCAUUUAUGGGUUUUGAUACUAGUGAAUCAGAUGACACAGAAACCUCUGACAUUGAGCAAGGGUACCAGCAAGAUGAUGGUCUACUAUCUGACAAAUACAGCAAUGUUGUAUUCCAAGGUAACCUUCUUGAUGGUUUACCCAAUUGGCUUGAUAGGCUGUUCGAAGGAACAACACAACGAUACUAUAUAAAUUAUUGGCCAGAUUUUCCACUGAAGUAGGCAGUUGGCCAAUGAUCUGUAUAACAAGAGGUGCUGUACUAAGAAGUAUAACUUGUCUGCUUUUGUAAAAUAAUAUAAAAAUUUAAAACAUUUUAAAAUAUCAUGUAAAUAACUUUUCAUAAAUUCCUUAGAAGCCCAUUUCUCUUAAAAGUUUCUGCAAGUUCCAUGUUCCGAAGAAGUUCUGUACCCUAACUGGAAAUCUUUCUCCCAAAUGCUGUGAUGUGAUUAAGGAGUGUUGUUGUUUUCUAGAAGAGGAAUGUACUUUGUUAAUCUGGCUGUUACUAAAAAAACUAUAGUGUAUUAUUUAUGAUGUGGCAUUUUGAGGGUCCCAUGACUGACAGAAAUAAGAAUGUUGUUUUUUAGCAUUUAUGCAGCUGUUGUUGUGGUAUGAGCAAAUUUGAUUGUAUUAUCGGAGAAGAUUCUGAAUACUGUUACAGUUUUAAGAACAAUUGAAGCAUAGCUUGAGAAACUGUGUUCACUGUGUGCAUCACAACUCAAACUUCAUAGGGGAAAAUAAUCCCUCUCUGUGUAGAGGAACAAUCUGUGAAACAUACUUCUACAGAAAGAAAAAAAUCUCGUUGAUUUUUUAAAAAAUAGUUCUGUAAAUAAAUUAAGUCCUUCACCACAAAUAUACAGAUGCCUAUUACGCAAGAACUGAAGCAGCUUAAAAUUAGUAGAUAUUUGCAACAUGGAUAUUUUAUGCCAUGUUUUUAAUUAUAUUGAAGGACUCCUGGAAAAAAUAAAGAGACUUCAUCAACUAUAAGGACAUUGUUCCAUUUGCAUUGAUAUAUAGAUUUUCACUGCCAUUUAGCUUACAGAAUUGUUGCUAAUGUAGGUCCAUUGCCUCCUAGAAAGUGACUCUGUGUCACUUAUCAAUUGACUUUUUUGCAGAUAUUGCAUGAUUCUGCUUAACCAAGAGCAAAGAAACAUUCGUCUUGAAAGUUCAUAUAUCUUUAAGAAGAGUAUUUUUGAAAACACUGUUAAUUAGGACCACGUAUAGAAUAAAGAUUGAGCUUUCUGGUCGAUAAUUCAUUCAGUUCACUAUAUGAUGCUCUGUGGAAGCUCUUUUUUAUGUAGGUAGUACCACAAAGGAAGUUACAGUUGCAGCAAAAUCUUUAACUUUUGUCUUCAGAUUCAGCCUGCAAUAACUCAAUACUUUGUUAAGUAGAAGGCAACAUACCCUUUUUUGUAUUUCACUCUUAAUGUAUUCUAUUAAUCUAAAUUUUAAUUUCUGCAUGUGUAAUAGGAACGAGACAAAAUUUCUUUACAAAGAAUAUUCUUUAACUGAAGUGCAUCUUAUUAUCUAAUUUAUAGAGUUAUUUACACUUUUAGUAUAAUUUCUAGUCACUGACUUUGUUCUGUAAGAGGGAAAAACUAGUUUCCCUGAAAAUGUAAUGUUUUAUCUAGUCAGAUCGCAAAUAAGAUUUUAACACUUGAAGUCCUAUUGGCUGUUUGAGUGACAGACAUACUCCAUUUUUAGCCUUACAUUUUGUGGGAGUAUGCUGUUCCCUGUAUCUGUGAUUACUUCAGAUGAACUGUAUCCUAUUGAAUCGUGCUACUAUGCUGAUUUUAAUAACCUGUUUAAACAUUUUCCCUGUAAUUUCUAUGGUUAUGGUUUACUGUAGCUGUUCUUUUUUAAUACAUAUUCGAUAUAUAAAAGGAAGAAAAUAUGUUAUUAAAACUUAUAGUUAUAUAUACCAUAGUGAUAUUGAAGAGAAAUCUUAGUUUACUUUAAUACAAAGACUUUAGAUACAAUGUACCAAUUAAAUGAACACUAAAGUUGAUAAAUUUAAUUGCACGUGAUGACACAAAAUAUACAAUCAGUUGUAAAUAAAGAUUUUUAACAAAUUAGUAUUAAUGAUGAGACAUGUAGUCUAAAAUGUAGAAGGUAAAAUGCUUUCACUGAAGAAAGGAAAAUUAUGUAUGAAUAUAAAUACAAAGUCUGAUGAAUAAGUCUUAACAUUUUGUUUAUCAGAAUUUUUGAAACACACUUGUUUUGUGCUUAAGGUUAACUUCUCAGUUAUGCUUAAUGAGAGUGAAAGGAAAUAUUAGAUUUUGAUAUUUCAUUUUUCAUAAGCAAAAAAUUGUAGUUGUUAGUAUUUAUUAGUUGUCAUUAGUCUCUUUGUUUCUGUGUGUGAGCCAAUGAUUGUAAUUUCAUAUUAGAAUUUAUACAGUGUUUUGCAAAAUAAGACAUUAUUUUUUGGACUACAGUUUUUAACAGUGUAUAAGUGUUCAUGUUUCAUGCUGAAUUUUUGAGAAACUGUCAGAAUUCUUAAUUAAAGGUCCGUUUGUACAAUGUUGUCAUGAUAUGACCUUUUUAUUUUGUAUUUACACACUCUGUGAUAUUAUACAGUUUAAUUGUACCAUUGGCUCCCAUUCAGCUUUCACAGACCCCCAUAAAAUGACAGUAUGUACAAUAAUUUCUUUUUUUAGAAUUUUUGAUUUAUUUGUUUUUCUGUUACAUGUGGCGGGUAAUGUACCAUAUUUGCAUAAAAAGCUAAGUUAUCUAUAUUUUUUGAAUUCCCAGCAUUAGAAAGAAGGCUCAUUAUGUUCACACUCAUACUUGGAUGCACUAUCCUCCCAAUCCCUGUCUAUUCCUCCCCUCCUCCAAGCCCACACAUACAUUCCUAGUCAUGCACAACUUCAUUUGUGUGUGUGGGUGGGUGGAGGGAGGGUGGUACUAGUUGUCAUUGCUUUUUGUACAUAAUAUUCUGUAAAAUUUAUGAAGAUUCUAAGAAUGUCUGUCAUUUAGGGGGCUUUUACAUAUAUUUUUAUUUCCUGUAAAUGAGCAUUAUUUGAAAGUACAUGCUAUUCAGUAAAACUUUCUGUAGACUGUAAAUAGAAAUGGAAUAUUACUAAAAACAAAUUAAGCCUUGUAAUCCCCUAGGGGAUUGACAAAUUUUCCAAAGUGCCAUACAUAUUGUUUACAUGAGGGUGGGAAAUGUAAUUUUAAUAGCCUAGAGCAGAACUGAUCUAUUUGUUAUAUAUGAAUCUAUAACGCUAAAGGUGAAUGGCUAAGUUCUUGUAAUUAUUAAUGUUCUCUCAUUGUUUAUCAUAGUUUGUUGCACAUCUAAACUUGAUAUCUCCCUCUACAUUUCACUGCAAUAAGUAAACAUUUAUCAUUUCCUUUAUCCCUGUGACAUUCCUACACUAUUUAUUAUUUAAUGUGUAAAAUUUUCAGCAGUGCUUUCUUGGUUAAUCAUUCUUGUUGUUGUUGUUGUUCUUCUUCUUCUUCUUCUUGCUGUUGUUGUUGUUAUAUUAUUAUUGUUAUUUAUGCAAGCUUACUGCUCUAAAAUUGCAGUGAAUGAUGGGACACUGAUUUUUCAAUACUUACAUGCUCAUUAAAAUUUCAGGGUAAGUCGUCGAUGUGGAGUGAAUUGCAAGGACUGUGUAAUGGCACUCUGCCAUAAACUUCUGGUGACUUUUCUGCAUUUUAAACAGGUCAUUGCAAUUUGCUCUAGGUUUCUAAUAAUAUUUUAUAGUAUGGUCGCAAAUGCUAUUUGCAUUAUAAAAUCAAGAACAUCAUUGAAAAUGCAGUACAAAUUAUUUUACAUGUAUUGCCUUUAUACUAGAAAACCAAUUAUACAUGCAAAUACAUUCUUUCUUUCAAAACA